GCUAAAGGUCGUCUUCUCCGUGCGUCGCUUUGUGUAUCAUUACAUGUUCGUCUCGUGAAAGUGAGAGCGCCGAUGCGCUGCCGACAGUGCGUGGGUGGCUGACAUUGUGCUUUCAUUUCGUAUUUUUAGUGAUAGCGUUUUCUCUACGAGUGAGUUGGAAUCGAGGUGAUUGUUUUAUUUUUUGGCCGUUGUUGUUAAAACCAUCUCAAAAGUUGCAUAAUGGCCACGCACUCGAUUUACGAUUACGACGACGGCAUCGUCGUCAGCGGCGGCGGCGGUCAGAGGCUUCAGAGGCACAGGCUCGGCGGCAUGAAGUGCGCCGAUUCCGCCGUGGCUUGUACGAGCGCCCAAUACUACAUGGGCCCCGGCGGCGAGAUGAGCGAGGAGGAUCUCGUCGAUCUGCCGUCGUGCGUCUACGCGAGUCGGCCGUCUCAACAGCAGCAGCAGCAGCAACAGCAACAACAGCAGCAGCAUCAACAGCAACAACAGCAUCAGCAGCAGCAAAUUUCACAUCAACAGCAACAACAGCAGCAGCAACAGCAGCAACACAUGUCGCAUCACGCGCUGGUGCAGCAACACACCCACUCGCCGCCUCUGCAUUAUCACCACGUCAAUCAGAUGGCCCAAGCGCAAAACGAUCACACGGAAAACGACAUGAACGGCAUGGAGGAGAGCUACUAUCCGAACGGCAGCCCGUACAGAAUUCAGCGUCACGCGGCCAACAUACGCGAGCGCAAACGCAUGCUUAGCAGUAUCAACUCGGCCUUCGACGAGCUGAGGGUGCACGUGCCGACCUUCCCCUACGAGAAGCGACUGUCCAAGAUCGACACCCUGAGGCUGGCCAUCGCCUACAUAGCCCUGCUGCGCGAGGCCCUCGCGACGGAUCUCGAUCCGUUGACCUACAUCGAGCGCUGCCUCAAGGGCGAGCUGAACGGCGAGCGGGCCGAGUGGAACACGAGCGACUUGACGGCCAGAUUGUCUUGGAUCAAUUGGGCGAAUCUGGGCGUGAAUCCGAAUCGACGCUCGGUGCUCACGUCGUUGGCACUGACGUCCGACAAUAUGAAUUGAAAAGGAGAAAAAGAGUCGUAACGGAUCUUGUAAAUAUGUAUUUAUCGAAUGCCAAAGAUUUUUGACGAUAGGGAUAGAGUAAUAACGAUAAUAUUAUAUAUUUAAAGAAAUGGGCAAAAAAAAAUACAAAUAUUUUGACUCUUCGCCUGCUAGUAAUCUCAGUCUUGUAAUAAGUGCAAUAAUAACACAGCGAAGAAAAAGAAAAACAUUGUAAAUGCGUUGAUUUAUAUAUCCAAGUUAUACACCAACACACAUUCGAUGUAGAGUGAGA